AUGACGCAGGGUCCGGGCGGGCGCACGCCCCCCGCGCCCCCCGCGCCCCCGGAGCCCGAGGCGCCCACCACCUUCUGCGCGCUGCUGCCGCGCAUGCCGCAGUGGAAGUUCGCCGCCCCCGCGGGCUUCCUGGGCCGGGGCCCGGCGGCGGCGCGCACGGCCGGGGGCGCGGGGGGCGCGGGGGGCGCGGGGGGCGCCGACCCGCAGCCGGAGGAGGCCGCGCCCGGGGGCGUCCCCGCGCUGGCAGCCGCGGUCCUGGGCGCCUGCGAGCCCCGCUGCGCCGCGCCGUGUCCGCUGCCCGCGCUCAGCCGCUGCCGGGCCGCAGGGGCGCGGGGGCCGCGGGGCGCGCGGGGGGGCGCGGGGCCCCCGGACGCCGCCGCCGCCGCCGAGUGGAUCCGCAAGGGCAGCUUCAUCCACAAGCCGGCGCACGGCUGGCUGCACCCCGACGCCAGGGUCCUGGGGCCCGGGGUCUCCUACAUCGUGCGGUACAUGGGCUGCAUCGAAGUCCUCCGCUCCAUGCGCUCUCUGGAUUUUAACACUCGCACCCAGGUGACCAGGGAAGCCAUCAACCGGCUCCACGAGGCGGUGCCUGGCGUCCGGGGCUCCUGGAAGAAGAAGGCCCCCAACAAAGCGCUGGCCUCCAUCCUGGGCAAGAGCAACCUGCGCUUCGCCGGCAUGAGCAUCGCCGUGAGCAUCUCCACAGACGGCCUCAACCUCUCCGUGCCCGCCACGCGCCAGAUCAUUGCCAACCACCACAUGCAGUCCAUCUCCUUCGCGUCAGGCGGCGACACGGACAUGACGGACUAUGUGGCCUACGUAGCCAAGGAUCCCAUCAACCAGAGAGCCUGCCACAUCCUGGAGUGCUGCGAGGGCCUCGCCCAGAGCAUCAUCAGCACCGUGGGCCAGGCCUUCGAGCUGCGCUUCAAGCAGUACCUGCACAGCCCGCCCAGGGUGGCGGUGCCCCCGGAGAGGCUCACCAGGCCCGAGGAGUCGGCCUGGGGCGACGAGGACGAAGCGGACCACAAUUACUACAACAGCAUCCCGGGGAAGGAGCCACCCCCGGGCGGGCUGGUGGACUCCAGGCUCGCCCUGGCUCAGCCCGGUGCCCUCGGGGCCCUCGGCCAGGGGGCAGCUCCUGCUCGACGGGACGCCCGCAGCCUGCCAUGGGACCUGGGCCCGUCAGGUGCUGAUUUUUCCAUGUGUAGUCAAGCCAAUUCAGUGCGUACAUCGUCCGGCUCGCUCCUGCAGAUGGUGCAUCGUGUGCACACUCCCACCGUGCGUUCGCCACACGGCCGACCCCGCACCGGGGCCCGGAGAAAGCGUGCAGUUGCCCUCCCGUCAGGCCCACCGGGGGACGGCUACGUGCAGGCCGACGCCAGGGGCCCCAGAGACUACGAGGACCACCUGUACGUCAACACGCAGGGUCUGGAUGCCCCGGAGCUCCCGCAGGCAGAGGACAGCCCCAAGAAGGAUCUGUUUGACAUGCGACCCUUCGAGGAUGCUCUGAAGCUGCACGAGUGCUCUGCGGGGGCGGGCACGGCGGUGGCGCCCCUUCCCGUGGAGGAUCAGUGGCCCAGCCCCCCCACCCGCCGGGCGCCCAUCGCCCCCACGGAGGAGCAGCUGCGGCAGGAACCCUGGUACCAUGGCCAGAUGAGCCGGAGGGCGGCAGAGAAGCUGCUCCGAGCCGACGGGGACUUCCUGGUGCGCGACAGCGUCACUAACCCCGGGCAGUACGUCCUCACGGGCAUGCACGCGGGGCAGCCCAAGCACCUGCUGCUGGUGGACCCAGAGGGCGUGGUGCGGACCAAGGAUGUGCUCUUUGAGAGCAUCAGCCACCUCAUCGACUACCACCUGCAGAACGGGCAGCCCAUCGUGGCCGCCGAAAGCGAGCUGCAUCUGCGCGGGGUGGUCAAACGUGAGCCCUGAGCCAGGAGGAGGAACAGCACAGAGGGGAAGACACUGCCCCAGGUCGCACUGCAAGAACGUGUGGAGCUGAGACCUCAGCCCGGCCCCUCGGCCCGAGGACCCUCGCUGGGCCCCGUAACCCGGGGAGCCCCCUGAGCCCAGGUCCCCGCUCCUGCUGUGGCUGCUGCACAGCCCACCGCUGACGUCUCCGUCCCUUUCUUCCCCAGGUGAUGGUUCUUGGCUCCCGUCCUGCUGCGCAGAUGCCCCCGUCGUGGCCUUAGGGCUCCUCAGCCUCUCUCCAAACUCUGGUCAGGCUAGAACCGCCGCUGUCUCUCCUUCCUCCGGUUGGGCCUCUGGAUCUCCCUUCUUCAGCUGGCCCUGGGCUGGGUCAGCGAGGCCAAGAGAUGGGGGCCCAAGACCCCUUCUUCCCGCUGACCCCUGCCUGCCUCCACCCUCUCUCUGCCUGGGGUGAGGCCGUCCAUACCAAAGACAGAACCUUCUCUCACCUUUAAAGAAAAUAUACUACGGAAACGCA